GCGGGCGCCGCGUGUGCCCGCAGGCGGCCCUGCGGCGGAGACGGCGGCGGCGGCGGCGGUGGCGGCCUCGCGCUCCCGGACACCGGCCUCCGUCGGCCCCGAGAUGAACGAGCUGGACACCGGGGUGCUGCCGCUGCCCCCGCGGUACCGCUUGCGGGACUUGUUCCUGGGCGAGCAGCCCUUUCCGAACGACGACAGGCCUCAGGUGGAAGAUUUCAGCCUGGACUCCUCCCUCUCUCAGGUCCAGGUGGAGUUCUACGUCAACGAGAACACCUUCAAGGAGCGGCUCAAGCUGUUUUUCAUCAAAAACCAGAGAUCCAGCCUGAGGAUCCGGCUCUUCAACUUCUCCCUGAAGCUCCUCACCUGCCUGCUCUACAUUGUGCGCGUCCUGCUGGACAACCCGGACCUGGGCAUUGGCUGCUGGGGCUGCGAGAAGUACAACUACACCUACAACGGCUCUGCUUCUGAGUUCCACUGGGCCCCCAUCCUGUGGGUGGAGCGGAGGAUGGCGCUCUGGGUGAUCCAGGUGAUCGUGGCCACCAUAAGCUUCCUGGAGACGAUGCUCCUCAGUUACCUCAGCUACAAGGGCAACAUCUGGGAGCAGAUCUUCCGGGUGUCCUUCGUCCUGGAGAUGAUCAACACGCUGCCCUUCAUCAUCACGGUCUUCUGGCCGCCGCUGCGGAACCUGUUCAUCCCCGUGUUCCUCAACUGCUGGCUGGCCAAGCACGCGCUGGAGAACAUGAUCAACGACUUCCACCGCGCCAUCCUGCGGACCCAGUCAGCCAUGUUCAACCAGGUCCUCAUCCUCUUCUGCACCCUGCUGUGCCUCGUCUUCACGGGGACCUGCGGCAUUCAGCACCUGGAGCGUGCGGGUGGGAACCUGAACCUGCUGACGUCCUUCUACUUUUGCAUCGUCACCUUCUCCACCGUGGGCUACGGGGACGUGACCCCCAAGAUAUGGCCGUCCCAGCUCCUGGUGGUCAUCAUGAUCUGCGUGGCCCUAGUGGUGCUCCCGCUGCAGUUCGAGGAGCUCGUGUACCUCUGGAUGGAGCGGCAAAAGUCGGGGGGCAACUACAGCCGACACCGGGCACAGACGGAGAGGCACGUGGUCCUGUGCGUGAGCUCGCUCAAGAUCGACCUCCUCAUGGACUUCCUGAACGAGUUCUACGCCCACCCCCGGCUCCAGGACUACUACGUGGUCAUCCUGUGCCCCACGGAGAUGGACGUGCAGGUGCGCAGGGUCCUCCAGAUCCCCCUGUGGUCGCAGCGCGUCAUCUACCUCCAGGGCUCCGCCCUCAAGGACCAGGACCUCAUGCGCGCCAAGAUGGACAACGGCGAGGCCUGCUUCAUCCUCAGCAGCAGGAACGAAGUGGACCGCACAGCCGCGGACCACCAGACGAUCCUGCGCGCCUGGGCCGUGAAGGACUUCGCCCCCAACUGCCCCCUCUACGUGCAGAUCCUCAAGCCCGAGAACAAGUUCCACGUCAAGUUCGCCGACCACGUGGUGUGCGAGGAGGAAUGCAAGUACGCCAUGCUGGCCCUGAACUGCAUCUGCCCGGCCACGUCCACCCUGAUCACCUUGCUGGUGCACACGUCCCGUGGCCAGGAAGGCCAGGAGUCACCGGAGCAGUGGCAGCGCAUGUAUGGGCGCUGCUCGGGCAACGAGGUCUACCACAUCCGCAUGGGCGACAGCAAGUUCUUCCGGGAGUACGAGGGCAAGAGCUUCACCUACGCGGCCUUCCACGCCCACAAGAAGUACGGCGUGUGCCUCAUCGGGCUGAAGCGGGAGGAGAACAAGAGCAUCCUGCUGAACCCCGGGCCGCGGCACACCCUGGCCACCUCCGACACCUGCUUCUACAUCAACAUCACCAAGGAGGAGAACUCGGCCUUCAUCUUCAAGCAGGAGGAGCAGCAGAAGCGGCGGGGCCUGGCGGGGCAGGCGCUCUACGAGGGCGCGUCCCGCCUGCCGGUGCACAGCAUCAUCGCCUCCAUGGGGACGGUGGCCAUGGACCUGCAGAACGCCGAGUGCCGGCCGGCGCAGGGGGGCGGCGGCGGGGGCGGCGGGAAGCUCGCGCUGCCCACGGAGAACGGCUCCGGCAGCCGGCGCCCCAGCAUCGCCCCCGUGCUGGAGCUGGCGGACAGCUCGGCCCUGCUGCCCUGCGACCUGCUGAGUGACCAGUCGGAGGACGAGGCGGCGCCCUCCGAGGACGAGGGGCUCUCCGCGGUGGAGUACGUGAAGGGCUACCCCCCCAACUCUCCGUACAUCGGCAGCUCCCCUACCCUGUGCCACCUCCUGCCGGUCAAGGCCCCUUUCUGCUGCCUGAGGCUGGACAAGGGCUGCAAACACAACAGCUACGAGGACGCCAAGGCCUACGGGUUCAAGAACAAGCUCAUCAUCGUCUCGGCGGAGACGGCCGGCAACGGGCUGUACAACUUCAUCGUGCCGCUGAGGGCCUACUACCGCUCGCGCAAGGAGCUCAACCCCAUCGUGCUGCUGCUGGACAACAAGCCGGACCACCACUUCCUGGAGGCCAUCUGCUGCUUCCCCAUGGUCUACUACAUGGAAGGAUCCGUGGACAACCUGGACAGCCUGCUGCAGUGCGGCAUCAUCUACGCGGACAACCUGGUGGUGGUGGACAAGGAGAGCACCAUGAGCGCCGAGGAGGACUACAUGGCCGACGCCAAGACCAUCGUCAACGUGCAGACCAUGUUCCGGCUCUUCCCCAGCCUCAGCAUCACCACCGAGCUCACUCACCCUUCCAACAUGAGGUUCAUGCAGUUCCGCGCCAAGGACAGCUACUCUCUGGCCCUUUCCAAACUGGAGAAGCGUGAGCGAGAGAACGGGUCCAACCUGGCCUUCAUGUUCCGCCUGCCCUUCGCCGCCGGCCGCGUGUUCAGCAUCAGCAUGCUGGACACGCUGCUCUACCAGUCCUUCGUGAAGGACUACAUGAUCACCAUCACCAGGCUGCUGCUGGGCCUCGACACCACCCCGGGCUCGGGCUACCUCUGUGCCAUGAAGAUCAGCGAGGAUGACCUGUGGAUCCGCACCUACGGCCGCCUCUUCCAGAAGCUCUGCUCCUCCAGCGCCGAGAUCCCCAUUGGCAUCUACAGGACCCAGUGCCACCUCUUCUCCUCCGAGCCCCACGACCUGAGAGCCCAGUCCCAGAUCUCAGUGACCAUGGAGGACUGCGAGGACACGCGGGACACCAGGGGCCCCUGGGGCGUGCGGACCAGCUCGGGGGGCGGCAGUGUGCAUGGCCGCCAGGCGGGCAGUGCCGACCCGGCCGAGCACCCGCUGCUGCGGCGCAAGAGCCUGCAGUGGGCCCGGAAGCUGAGCGGCAAGGGCGGCAGGCAGGCGGGGAAGGCGCCGGCCGCCCAGUGGACCAACCAGCAGCGGCUCAGCCUCUGCCGGCGCUCGGAGCGCCAGGAGCUCUCGGAGCUGGUGAAGAACCGCAUGAAGCACCUGGGACUGCCCACCACGGGCUACGAGGACGUAGCAAAUUUAACAGCCAGUGAUGUCAUGAAUCGGGUAAACCUGGGAUAUUUGCAAGAUGAGAUGAACGACCAGCAGAACACGCUGUCCUACGUCCUCAUCAACCCCCCGCCCGACACGAGGCUGGAGCCCAAUGACAUUGUGUACCUCAUCCGCUCAGACCCCUUGGCCCACGUGGCCAGCAGCUCCCAGAGCCGCAAGAGCAGCUGCAGCCACAAGCUGUCGUCCUGCAACCCGGAGACGCGCGACGAGACCCAGCUGUGAGCCGCGCGGAGCAGCCCACGCGGGAGGCGGCCGGGCGGGGCUGCGCGUGGGGCUGCGGAACCCCCACGGGCCAGGAGCGAGACCGAGGCCGGCAGCGCGUGGUUUUUAACCUCUUUUUACACACGCGUCGG